AUGACAAACCAGGAGAAGUGGGCUCACCUUAGUCCCUCAGAAUUUUCCCAACUUCAGAAAUAUGCUGAGUAUUCUACAAAGAAAUUAAAGGAUGUUCUUGAAGAAUUCCAUGGUAACGGUGUGCUUGCAAAGUAUAAUCCUGAAGGGAAACAAGACAUUCUUAACCAAACAAUAGAUUUUGAAGGUUUUAAGCUAUUUAUGAAGACAUUCCUAGAGGCAGAGCUUCCUGAUGAUUUCACAGCACACCUUUUCAUGUCAUUUAGCAACAAAUUUCCUCAUUCUAGUCCAAUGGUAAAAAGUAAGCCUGCUCUCCUUUCAGGAGGUCUGAGAAUGAAUAAAGGUGCCAUCACCCCUCCCCGUACUUCUCCUGCAAAUACGUGUUCCCCAGAAGUAAUCCAUCUGAAGGACAUUGUCUGUUAUCUGUCUCUUCUUGAAAGAGGAAGACCAGAGGAUAAACUCGAAUUUAUGUUUCGCCUCUAUGACACAGAUGGGAAUGGCUUCCUGGACAGCUCGGAGCUAGAAAAUAUCAUCAGUCAGAUGAUGCAUGUCGCAGAAUACCUUGAAUGGGAUGUCACUGAACUUAAUCCAAUCCUCCACGAAAUGAUGGAAGAAAUUGACUAUGAUCAUGAUGGGACAGUCUCUCUGGAGGAAUGGAUCCAAGGAGGAAUGACAACAAUUCCACUUCUUGUGCUUCUGGGCUUGGAAAAUAACGUGAAGGAUGAUGGACAGCAUGUGUGGCGACUCAAGCACUUUAACAAACCUGCCUACUGCAAUCUUUGUCUGAACAUGCUGAUUGGUGUGGGGAAGCAGGGCCUCUGCUGUUCCUUUUGCAAGUAUACAGUCCAUGAGCGCUGUGUGGCUAGAGCACCUCCUUCUUGCAUCAAGACCUAUGUGAAGUCCAAGAAGAACACUGAUGUCAUGCAUCAUUACUGGGUUGAAGGUAACUGCCCAACCAAGUGUGAUAAGUGCCACAAAACGGUUAAAUGUUACCAGGGCCUGACAGGACUGCAUUGUGUUUGGUGUCAGAUCACACUGCAUAAUAAAUGUGCUUCUCAUCUCAAACCUGAAUGUGACUGCGGACCUUUGAAGGACCAUAUUUUACCACCCACAACAAUCUGUCCAGUAGUACUGCAGACUCUGCCCACUUCAGGAGUUUCAGUCCCUGAGGAAAGACAAGCAACAGUGAAAAAGGAAAAAGGUGGUUCCCAGCAAUCAAACAAAGUGACAGAUAAGAACAAAAUGCAAAGAGCCAACUCUGUGACAGUGGAUGGGCAAGGCCUACAGAUUACUCCUGUUCCUGGUACUCAUCCGCUUUUAGUUUUUGUGAACCCCAAAAGUGGUGGGAAGCAAGGAGAACGAAUUUAUAGAAAAUUCCAAUAUCUACUAAAUCCUCGUCAGGUUUACAGUCUUUCUGGAAAUGGACCAAUGCCAGGGUUAAACUUUUUCCGUGAUGUUCCUGAUUUCAGAGUGUUAGCCUGUGGUGGAGAUGGAACCGUGGGGUGGAUUUUGGACUGCAUAGAAAAGGCUAAUGUUGUCAAGCAUCCUCCAGUUGCUAUUCUGCCUCUUGGGACCGGCAAUGAUCUAGCAAGAUGCCUGCGAUGGGGAGGAGGUUAUGAAGGUGAGAAUCUGAUGAAAAUCCUAAAAGACAUUGAAAACAGCACAGAAAUCAUGUUGGACAGGUGGAAGUUUGAAGUCAUACCUAAUGACAAAGAUGAGAAGGGAGACCCAGUGCCUUACAGUAUCAUCAAUAAUUACUUUUCCAUUGGCGUGGAUGCUUCCAUUGCACACAGAUUCCACAUCAUGAGAGAAAAACACCCAGAAAAAUUCAACAGUAGAAUGAAGAACAAAUUUUGGUAUUUUGAGUUUGGCACAUCUGAAACUUUCUCAGCCACCUGCAAGAAGCUACAUGAAUCUGUAGAAAUAGAAUGUGAUGGAGUACAAAUAGAUUUAAUAAACAUCUCCCUGGAAGGAAUUGCUAUUUUGAAUAUACCAAGCAUGCAUGGUGGAUCCAAUCUUUGGGGAGAGUCUAAGAAAAGACGAAGCCAUCGCCGAAUAGAGAAAAAAGGGUCUGACAAAAGGACCACACUCACAGAUGCGAAAGAAUUGAAGUUUGCAAGUCAGGAUCUAAGUGAUCAGCUGCUGGAGGUGGUUGGCUUGGAAGGAGCCAUGGAGAUGGGACAAAUCUACACAGGACUGAAAAGUGCUGGGCGGCGGCUGGCGCAGUGUUCUUCUGUGGUCGUCAGGACUAGCAAGUCUCUGCCAAUGCAGAUCGACGGGGAACCAUGGAUGCAGACCCCAUGCACAAUAAAAAUUACACACAAGAACCAAGCCCCAAUGCUGAUGGGUCCUCCUCCAAAAACCGGGUUGUUCUGCUCCCUCGUCAAAAGAACAAGAAACCGAAGCAAGGAAUAAACCUGUCUCAUUUUAUUCUUCGAGAUCUUAUUAGCAUAAUUGGGCCAUGGAAACUUAUGCUGGAAAUCUUUGAACCAUUUCACUUCUCUUGCUCAUGCAAAAUCAUGGAAUUGGUUUAACAGUUUUUGUUACUGAGCUAAUGUAAAAUUCAGCUAUUAGAAAAUUUGUCUCAGUUUUUAUAGGCAUCUUUGCAUGAAGAAGGCAGAAGUUUACAUGAAGUGGUACUGCAUAUUUUUGUUGCAUGCAUUCCCAUAGAUUUUUAUGUCCCCCAUCCAUUCCUCCCCCAGUUUCCAUUUACUAACCUGUGAGAGAAAUCUGUGAGCCAUAAAAGGAAAUACCGUGGGAAAUGUGAUUCUCCGUGUGAUUCCAAUUAUUGAUAAGCACUAAUCAGUAAUGCUACGAUGGUCAUAACCACAGAUUGCGAUACUUUUCCCUUUUAGAAUCAGUGUCUCAAUGACCUUUGAACUAUGACUUGAGAAGAAACUUUUAAUUGGAAGAUUUUAUUAAAUGGUUGUCUAUGAUACCUCGCUGUAUCUAAAUAGUUUUUCUUCAACAUCUUGAUGCUUCUGAGUGGAUUUUAAAAUUUCAGGCAUAAAGUUUUCUUGUGCUAAAAAAAAUAGAAAAGUGAUUUUUAUUUUGUUUCAUUUUGUUUUUAAUUCCAGAAAUAAGUGAAAACAGAAAUAAGUUACUUGGCAGUAAAUUGUGGUAAUAUGACAAGCCUUAUUCCUUUCUGCAUGUGGAUCUAGAAGAAAAUUCAUAACCACACCAGUAACCAAAUAGCUGUUUUAAACUAUGUGCCUAAUAUACUAUCUCCCACCAAAGAUUCAGAAAAAGAUGCUUGAGAGAAGUGGGUUCAUGUAUAAUUAAUUAGCAUUGUGGAGAAAAUUUAUGGUUCUUAUGAUUAAUUUUUUGAUGACUUAAACUCUGGAAAGAGAGUGAAUUACCCAUUAAUUAUAAUUAAAGUUCUCACCUUAUGCAGACAAUAGGCCAUACAACACAGUCAAAGCUCAAUUCGCUGAUUUCUAGCUUUUUUUGAUCAUUUAUAAAUAUAGGUAUCUGUAAUUUUUAAUGGAUCAGUUAAGUGCACUUGAGAAAGUAAAUGAUUGUAUCAGUUUUGUUCUAGUAUAAAUUGAUACCUGUAAGAAAUAUCAAGUUCACCGAAGCAAAUCAUGCAUGCAAUUAACCCUCUCCCAUCAGCCUAGGCCACUCCCAUCUCUAUGGCAUUUCAAAUGUUUAUUUGGACAUGAUGGCCCAAAUCGUCGUUUACGGUAUUCAUGGUAUGGUUGGAGUCUCUGUUUAAAGAAAUUAUGGAAUAUGUACUUUUCUUAGUGUUUCAUUAAAUCUAUGAUUAUAAAAUGAAAUGCUAUUCUGACUAGUUUGAGUAUUGUUCAUUCAUAUUGACCUGCAUCUCAUCAUUGCAUGUUUUAUGUUUUUAAACAUGCCAUAAGGAAAACAAGUGCUUGAAAUGCAUGAUUUAUUAGUUUUUCUCUCCACUCUGCAUUAAAGUACUAAUGAUUU